CGGUCAUGUGACUCAGUCAGGACAUCAUUAGCGGGCGCACUGUUUACCUUCGUAGCACAGAGCUAGCAGAGGGAUGCAGGGUUUCUCUCACAAUGUACUCUCACGGUUCGGAAAGUUUAAUUAACCAGGCAAGAGAGAUCCAGGAGCCGGAGCUGCAGAGGUUUCACAGCAGACUAGUCAAGCUGCUCCAGGGGAAGGAGCUCGGCCACGAGGCUGUCGACUCCCUGCAGAGGCUGCACAUCAUACUCUCCGCCACCAAGUACACCAGGACGUUGCCCCCGGAGCUCCAGGGGAGCCUUCAAUCCCUCCUCGCGUCUCCAGCGGAGCAGUUUCAGGUGCUGAGCUCCGCUGUGCUCAGAGAAACACUGCCCCUCUCCGGCCAGGAAGGAAACUACACCCAGGAGAACUUCAUUCAGCUGAACAAUCAUGCUGCUGCCCUGGUGCUCUCACAGGCCGGAUCCAGGGCUGAUCUGUCAUCACUCUGCGCUCAGCUCCUCCGCAGUUUGGAAAGCCGACAGUCAGACGGGCCCGCCGCGUCGCUCACACACACCCUGCCGAUCCUCAACACCGUUCUCACACACAGCCCAGACUGCCUCACUGAAGAUCACGUGACCCUUAUGAGUAAAAAGCUUGUGGAUUGGUUGCGUUAUGCCAGCAUCACGCAGGGAGGCGGUGCUCCCUCAGGAGGGUUCUUCACAGGGACCCGGUCCCGUCAGCCGGUACCGAUAGCAGAGCUGGACGGGACGGUCUCAGGGGAUUUCUUCACUGUGCUGUGUGUGGGACAGAGCUUCACUGAGGACCAGUGGAUGAACGUCUACUCCUUCUCCAUGCUUCGCCAUUGGCUCAUCACCUACCGCUCUGUUUCCAAUGGCAACACAACAGCUGACACUGCAAACAGGCUGCAGCUCAGCCUCUCCCUCUCCCUCUCCCACUCCUUUUCUAAUGAUGACCGGUCGGAGGUGGACGGAUCGGUGGUUUCCAUGGUUUCAGCGACGUCUUCCUCCAGCCGACUGCUGCCUCCAAAGGAGCGUCUUCGAGAGAAGGCUUUCCAGUACUGCCAACGCCUCAUCGAACAGAGCGAUCGCAAGGCACACAAAAAGACGGAUACAGACCUGCAGAAAGCGUGUCUGGUGGAGGCGGUGUGUAUCCUCGACAGUGUGUGUGGGGAGGACGCCGCGCUGGUCUUCCGAGCGUUUCCGUGCAUCAAGGCGCUCUUUGGUCGGCUCAGCUCCGACCUGUCGUUUGCCAGAGUCCUGCUGCCCAUAGCUCAGUUCUACCUCAACCACGGAGAAAUGGCCGCUGUGGAUUGCGAGAGUGUGUGGAAUCUAGUUUUUGGGCGAUUCCCCGCCGAGCUGUUUGACCACCAGUUCCUGGCGCACGAGUUCCUACGCUUCAUUCGGCUGAACCUGGAGAGCCUGCAGCUCCGAGUCCCACAGUACUCCCGCUCCUUCCCAAACCUGCUGAAGUUCUUGGCGUGGAACAGCCCGGCGGUGGUGGAUGACUUUGUGGAUCUGCUUCCUUCUCUGGUGACAGCUGGGACGGCGGUGGAGCUUCUCCACACUCUGCUGGACCUGCCCUGUCUCUCGGCCACGCUGGUGUUGCAAGUCAGGUCCACUUGUUUGCCCAUCUCUGAGCCGGGUGGGCGUGGCCUCCUCUCACUCGAUGCAUUUCGAAGUCAAUCUUUCCGAGGGCUUUUCCUCUUCCUGCUUCGAGGGGAGGCAGGCUCAGGUGACACAAUUGACCGACUGAGCACGCUGCAUGAGAUGCUCACUGAGACCGCUGAUUGGCCGAGGGUCGUUCAGUGUGCCCAGACCGUCCCUGUGCUGUUGCACAUUUUUUUCAACACAGUCAUUGCGAUAGCUGAUCAGAAGCUUUUAGCUCACUUGGUUCAAGUGAUGCUGGAGAGAAGCAGCCUCCUCCUCAACAUCCCGAAAUACAAUAAAGAGAUACACAGGGUGUUCAGCAGGCACCUGCUGUUGUUGUGCAAGCUCCACCCGUCCCUGGUAGUGGACCAGUCUCACGAGCUGCUGGAGUUCGCUGGGGCCACAGCCAAUGUCUACAGCAAAGAGGAAAUCUACACGCACGUGGUGUGGGUGCUGGGAGAGUACCUCUCAGGGUCGUGUGACUCCCGCUGCUCCGUGAUGCUCAUCACUUCCUGUUUUGAGACGUUGGAGGCGGUGCUGUUUGAGAUCACUUCAUCUGCCCCCCCACCCGGAGCAGAUUGCCCCGUCCCAAGGGUCGUCACCUCCCUGAUGAGCGCGCUGGCUAAGCUGGCGUCACGAUCGCAUGACCUCAUACCCAGGGUGUCUCUGUUCCUCUCCAAGCUCAGAACGGUAACCAGAGGGGGGCCAGUUGCCUGGUGCUCGGAUGAAGAGGACCUCGUUGCCAUAGUAACUCGAGGUGAGGAGUUGUGGUCGCUGCUGAAGGCUCCCGGUGUGGCUCAGAGCGUCCUGACCCCGCCUCAACCGGUCACCACACCCCAGUGGCACGGAGACACCAACGUGGCCAUGCCCCUGCAACUGCGUGCCCUCACCAACCUCACACACUCCCAGUGACACACACACACACACACAUCACAAGAACCCUGACGUUGAGACCACUCAUUGACAAUUCCCUCAUGAAAUGGACAUGAUGAUGAAUCUGGUAUGAAUUUUGAAAUGUUGUUAAUAAAUGGACAUGAUUUGA